UGGGUGGUGGUGGAGGAAUGGGUGGCUUUGGUGGCCCUGGUAGAGGUGGCCCUGGAAUCCAGCCAGUGCAGGUUGACUCAACCCUCCUACAGCCAGUCCAUGUUGAGAUUGAUCCCCAGAUCCAGCAAGUCAAAAACCAGGAGAAGGAACAGAUCAAGACUCUUAACAAUCAAUUUGCCUCUUUCAUUGAUAAGGUCCGCUUCCUGGAGCAACAGAACAAGGUCCUCUCCACCAAGUGGGAGCUCCUCCAACAGCAAGGGCCUUCGGCGCCGAGGAAGAACCUCGAUGCCAUCUUUGAAAAUUACAUCCAGAACCUGAGGAGGCAGCUGGAAUCAGUCUUGGCACAGAGGGGACAGCUGGAGUCGGAGCUGCAGAACAUGCAGCAAUAUGUUGAGGAUUACAAAACCAAGUAUGAGGAAGAGAUCAACAGGCGCACAACUGCCGAGAACGAGUUUGUGGUGCUUAAGAAGGAUGUGGACAGUGCCUACAUGACUAAAGUAGAGUUGGAAGCCAGGGUGGGAGCUCUGACCGAUGAAAUCAACUUCCUGAGGUGCAUCUACGAGGAGGAGCUGUCUCAGAUGCAGACCAUCAGCCGGGACCUGUCCGUGGUGGUGUCUAUGGACAACAACCGGCACCUGGAUCUGGACAGCAUCAUCGAGGAGGUCAGGCGUCAGUACGAGCAGAUUGCCCAGAGCAGCAGAGCUGAAGCUGAGGCUUGGUACCAGAGCCAGAACCAGCAGCUGCAGGCAGCUAUUGCUGAGGCUGAGGAGCGGGGAGAGAUGGCCCUUAAGGAUGCCAGGUUGAAACUGGAAGAGCUGGAAAGUGCCCUGAGCAAAGACAAGGAGGAGCUGGCUCGCUUGUUGAAGGAGUACCAGGAGCUGCUGAACAUCAAGAUUGCGCUGGACGUUGAGAUUGCCAUGUACAGGAAGCUGCUGGAGGGAGAGGAGAACAG